CAGCACGUGGACGAGGAUUUUCUUUUGUUCUUAAUUUUACCUGAACGCUGAAGGUUGGAAUGGAGUUUAGCGAAUCCGAUGUGGUGGAGUCAAGGGACGAAGAUGAUAACCGGUCACUCCAGGACCAAUCCAUUGCCUACCAGGCGGCGGCCAUGGGCGACACGGACGCACUGGUGGCGGCCGUCAAGAAUGACCCAUCAAUUCUGGAGACGCCCGACACGGAAGGACUUACACCCCUUGGUCAUGCCGUUAUGGCCCAGCAGCUGGAGUGCAUGAAGAUACUAGUCAAGAUCGGUGCAAACAUCAACGCCCAAGACAACUUUGGCCGAAGUUUUCUCUCAAUCGUGGCCUACCAGGGCUGGUAUGAUGGGCUAAUGUUCCUCCUAAGGAACGGCGCGAAUCAGCAGACGGUGGAUAAAUCAGGGAGGUCGGCGCUGCAUGCGGCGACUUAUGACACAAAUGUGAGAAUAAUCAAAGCAUUGCUCCAAACCCUGGCUAUUGAGGACAUAAACCUAAAGGAUAAUGAGGGCAUGACAGCGUUACACUGGGCCUCCUUCCACAACCGACCAGAAUAUGUCCAGUUAUUGCUACGCAAAGCUGCUAAUCCCAUGAUGCUUGAUAUUGAUGGGAAGACUGCCCUUCAUUGGGCGGCACAGACGGGAUCGCUUAAUUGCAGUCGCCUUCUCGCCAACUGUCCGAAGGCAACUGACUCCGUAAAUCUGAUGGACGCCUCUGGGAAGACACCUGUCCAUUUCGCAGCCGCUGCUGGACACAAAGCUGUGAUCAACCUGUUGGCAAAGAUCCCCGACGUUGACUUAGAGGCCGAGGAUCCAGAUGAAAGAACACCCUUACACUGGGCAGCAGCUAGUGGUAGUUCGACAACUGUAACCGCCUUACUUGAACUUGGAGUAAAUGCAUGUCCCGUUGACAUGGACGGAGGUACCCCUCUCGACUAUGCCAAACAGUCAGGUCAUAAAGAUUGUGUAAAAGAACUUGAAGAUCGUCUUGGCAUUCAUCCAAUACCAGAGGGGCAGAGAGCAUCCUCAUCCGGUAAUGAUCGAGACAAGCGAUCAAACCUGGGCCUUCUUUCCGGUCUUUUCAAGCGAAAAAAGAAGAAGAAGAAAAAAGACAUCAAUAGUGAAAUAUCGAGUGAGAACUUAGACACUCUUUGUAAAUCAUCUUGCGAGAGCAGUCGAACCGGAUCUGACGUUUUGGGCGCAUGUGCAGAGGAUACAAAGAAGCGUACAAGACGAAAUAGUAAACCGAACAAGGUGUCGAUUGCGCCGACUGAUGGUAGCGUUUUGGCUGUAGCAGAAGUGCAUCAGAAUGGAGACUCCAACCCGGAUAUUGUCAAAACAUUCCAAGAUUCGAGUGAAAGUUUAGCACUUAAUAGUUUUGCGGAAAUCAAAAAGAGUCCGCCAGAAAAUGUGGCACUCUCUGGUUGUAUUCCAAAUCAACAGUUGCCACCUCUGGUGACGAAAUCGACUGCUCACAACAUCUCGAAUAAAGACUUAGAAAAAAUGGCGGAGGAAUGGAAAAAAUCUAAGUUAUCUGAAGUCGAUAGUAAAAAAAUACAUGGAACUUUGAACAAACCGUCAUUGGUUGCUGGAACUGUGAAUAAGUCAGUAUCUGUUGACGAUGUUAGUAACGGUGUUGGAAAUGGCCGGAGGCUGGUGCACAGCCCACCAAAUACAUCCCAGUCUAACCCAGAAAGAAAAAUAGGACAGACUGACCUCGCACCGCUCAAAGUACCAAGGGCCAAAUUGAAAUCGACAGAUCUCCAGCCUGGACCACCACCGAUUAGCAUGAACCUGAAGGUUGCAGAACUCCGCUUGGACCGAGGUGGUUUGAACCGGACACCCACCCCGCCCCACUGGGAGAAUUCUCUCGGGGAAAGACGGCUAAAGCCGAUAUCUCAAACUAGUGGGAUUGCCCAGGAUGUUGAAAGGUACAGAGAGUUGACUCAACAUCAUGCGUUACCACCGAACGAUACAGAGAAGCAUCGAGAGAAAACAGAUAGACGGAAAAAGAAAGGACAGAAACCGAGAAUUCCCUCAACAGAUUAUGCCCAUGUUGAAGACAAUGCUGAAAACAAACCACAUAGGGUGUCACCUGCGGAUAUAGGAGGCUCCUGCAAUAACAUUCCAGAAUAUCAGGAAGAACGCCGAGCUCUGGACAAGGGUUUGAAUAGAUUACUACGGUAGCGAAGUCAAUUUUCAGAUUGGGUUUCUACAGGGGCACAGGCUGUGCCUUGUUAAAACAUGCAUCGCAACUUUGGUGUGGUCGUUGGACCAUAAGAAUUACAUAAUUGUUAUAUUUACAUGUACAU